AAAAAGCCGCGCGGGCAGCGGGCGCCAUUGUGCUGCGGAGCAGGCCGCGGCUUUGGCGCUGUGUGGGUCUUAUAGCACCGGCCUCCGCGCCCCUCGCGCCGCUCCCUAUCUUUCUUCCUCUCUUUUUCUUUUCCUUUCCCUCCCCUUUCCCUUCCCUCCCCCCUCCGGACAUGCCGCGCGUGUACAUCGGCCGCCUGAGCUACCACGUCCGGGAGAAGGACAUCCAGCGCUUCUUCAGCGGCUAUGGCCGCCUGCUCGAGGUCGACCUCAAAAACGGUUACGGCUUCGUGGAGUUCGAGGACUCCCGAGACGCCGAUGAUGCCGUUUACGAACUGAACGGCAAGGAUCUGUGUGGGGAGCGGGUGAUCGUGGAACACGCCCGCGGCCCCCGCCGCGACAGGGACGGAUACAGCUACAGUAGUCGCAGUGGGGGUGGUGGCGGAUAUAGCAGUCGGAGACAAUCUGGAAGAGAUAAAUAUGGACCGCCUGUUCGUACAGAGUACAGACUGAUUGUUGAAAACCUUUCCAGUCGCUGUAGUUGGCAGGAUUUAAAAGAUUUCAUGAGACAAGCUGGUGAGGUAACCUAUGCAGAUGCUCACAAAGAACGUACAAAUGAAGGAGUAAUUGAGUUCCGAUCUUACUCGGACAUGAAGCGUGCCCUGGACAAACUGGAUGGCACAGAGAUAAAUGGAAGGAAGAUCAGGCUGGUUGAAGACAAGCCACGAUCAAGCCAUAGGCGAUCUUACUCUGGCAGCAGGUCCAGGUCACGAUCUAGAAGGCGGUCCAGAAGCAGAAGUCGUAGGAGUAGGAGCAGCCGCAGCAGGUCCCGUAGUGUCUCCAAAAGCCGUUCGCGAUCUAAAUCCAGGUCACGAAGCAAAGACCGCUCACGUUCCAGAUCUAAAAGCAGGAAGUCUAGAUCAAAGAGCAAAUCGAAACCCAAGUCUGACAGGGGUUCACGCUCCCACAGCAGAUCCAAGGAGAAGUCUGAGAAGUCUCGGUCCAGGUCCAGGUCCAGGUCUCGAUCUCCCAAAGAAAAUGGUAAAGGAGAUGCUAAAUCUAAAUCCAGGUCAAGGAGUAGGUCUCAUUCCAAUUCUCCACAGCAGCAGCCAUCUGCCAAGGCUCGUUCAGAGUCACCGCCCAAAAGAGCUGCAUCGAGGUCCCGCUCCAGAUCUCGUUCAAAAUCUCGCUCACGAUCAAGAUCUAGUUCAAGAGAUUAAGACUAGAACUCUCCUCUUAUGUUGCACACUAUUACGGAACAUUUUCCUACUUGUCAGGCCAUUAGUGUUAUGUUAGUACUUCAGAAGUUGGUUUCUUCUCUUGCAGAGUGAAUGGCCUAAGAACUAAGUAAUGAGGCAUAAAGGUUUGAUUUGUAUCCCAAAUUUGAACAGAUGAGGUUGUAUGGAAAUGGUGGUACAAAGCAGAAAAAGCCCCCUUUUGUAGAAAUUCAGCCAAGUUUGAUUUUAUAGCAUUUCAGCAGGAGUAACUUAACUACUCUUCAGUGCAAAGUGGUUUUUAUAUUAAAAAUAAACUGAAUAUAAGAGGCUUAAAUCUGGGCUUUUUUGGAAGUAUCAUUUUUCCUAUUUUUUUCAUGAUUUUAGAACUAUGGGUAUCAUUAGCUUAGUAGGUUACAGCUUGCUACCAAAGGCAGGAUUGCCUUGCUGGACAGGUCAGAUAAUUCUCUGGUUUAUCUUAAUUUGUGAUAGCAGGCUGCAAACUAUAUAAAUGUGUAACAAAACUAGGCAGAUUUUAGACCAGCAAUAAACUCCAGUUGGAGCACUUGUGCUGUUUCUUAACUCAACUUGCCAAAAGAACAUUCCCCCAUACUGUGACUGUAUUAAAGGUAAUAAAGGUACUCUGUAGCCUGUGUCAUGCAGUAUUGCUGAAAAUCAUAGGUUUCAAAGUUGAAAGAAUGAAAGCUUUGUGACAUUUUUGUUUGAAUAUCAAGUGACACUCUGUCAGACACUAACGUGUCUCUUGGAUGUGGUCCAAGUCACUAGUAUCUUGUAUGGUUUGUCAGCCUCUAAAUAUCUAUUGGAUAUGAAAACUAAGUAGAACUGUCUUCCCUCCCCUUUGAAUCAUUUAUGUUAACAUCAUUUUGCUUCAGAAUAGGAGAACUACAAUCCUAUUGUGUGUGAAUUUGAACUUUAUUGGAAAUGUAAUCUAUUGGAGCUAGAGUUCUAGUCUUAACAAAGGCUUUGCUAAACCGCAGUUGCCAACUCACUUGAAUUGUGGAAUAGAAUACAUCCCCAAAAUUCCCCUUUAUAGCUAAAUUGAUUUUUGUAACAUGCAAUAGCAAACAUUAGAACUGCCUUGUACUCUUUAUACAAUGUGUAGUUUGACUUGUAUAAAAUUAAAUCAGUGACUCGAACUCUUGUGUUUAUUGCAGUGUAAUGGGAUUCCUUUUUUGCCUCUCAUGCUGGGGAUUCACAGUUGGUUCAUGAUCUAAACACUUAUCUAGAAAAGAUAAUCUUGGGCUUUUACCAUGUCUUGAUCAUAUUCAGAAAGCUUGAGCUUUUGACUGUUUCAUACUAGUAGCCAUGCUUGUACAAGAAGAAAUCUAAAGAUAAGUAAAGAUUUUAUUUUGCCUGACUUGAAAGCAUUCAUUAUGAAACCUGAAAAUGAAUGAUUUCAUGGCUUGAUAUGUUGGCAAAAAGAUCGAGUUAACUUGUUUCUUUUAUAUUGUAUGCUUUCCAUGCUGUUUUUAUCCCAAGUGUUGAAAAACUUCCCCUAUAUUUGAGCUGCUGAGUCUAGCUUCCACAUGACUGUUCAUAGAACCAUAUUCUGCCACAUAUCCUAGAAUAAUUAAUUCCACACUUCUGCGAGUGCAUUUAGUAUUGAAGUUUUAUGCUCUGCACAUGGAAUGACAGGUGACUCAUCUGUUCAGUUAAUUUGGGAUAGACUAAGCUUAAAAGAAGUGGCUGCGGUUUUGUCUUUCUAGUUAAGGUAUAUUUUUAACAUAAUAAAACUGUUAAAUGCUGUGUUUCUGA